AUGGCAGUAGCCGGUUUAAGCUUCUUCAAGCUCUCCUUCCUCCUCAGCCUCCUCUCCGGCGGUUCAAACGUACUAGAUCCGAUAUUCAGACCCGUAUCCGAAUCCGGCCUCGUCGGGAAGUUCCCGCCGUCGUGUAGCCGAAUCGAGUGCCCAAAGUACGAGGUUGUUCACGCCGGAAAUGGGUACGAGAUUCGCCGGUACGAUGCCACCGUCUGGAUUUCCACUGAACCGAUUCAGGACAUCUCUCUCGUCGAUGCUACGAGAACCGCUUUCUUCCAAUUGUUCGCUUACAUUCAGGGGAAGAACGAGUAUCAUCAGAAGAUUGAGAUGACGGCUCCGGUGAUCAGUCAAGUCUCACCAAGCGACGGUCCUUUCUGUAAAUCUUCAUUCACUGUAUCCUUCUACGUCCCGGAAAAGAACCAGCCCGAUCCAGCUCCGGCGAAAAAUCUCCACAUCCAGAAAUGGACUCCGAGGUACGUGGCGGUGAGGCAAUUCAGCGGAUUCGUCUCCGAUUCUACCGUCGGAAAAGAAGCGGCGGCGCUAGAUUCCAGCCUCAAAGGCACCGCCUGGGCAAACGCAAUUGAGAAAAGCAAAGAAGACGGUGGUGUUGGGUCUGAUUCAGCUUACACGGUGGCUCAGUAUAACUCACCGUUCGAGUUCUCGGGUCGGGUCAAUGAGAUUUGGUUACCAUUUCAAAUCGACGAUUAA